AAACAUUCCAGAAAGUGGCCUAGUAGUUUCAGGAAGCCAGCAAUUACCAACAAAUAAGCAAAACUUUGAAACGAAACUUCACCGCUAGAUCCACCAGACCAACCAAGCACGUUAUCCAUGGCUGAAAAUUACACCAAAAUCAUCACUAAAAAUGAAGACCAAAACGGUCGCAAAAACUUACUCUCGCUCUUCACAGACUUCCGCUUCAACUUUCCUCCCUUCAACCGAGAAACGAAACCGGAUGAUCCUGCAGUGACUGAAUUAGAAACGGUACCAGUUGAUUAUAAAGAAGAAAUUACCACGAAUCAGAAACAAGACGUGGUGAAAUUUUCUGAUCCUAAACCUGUAAUUCCUCCGCCUUUGAAGCUUGAGGUCGAAGACAACAGCAAUCCCGCAGUUCAAUGGCUGGUUUAUGCUCUUGGAGGGUUUCUUGUUGCGAAGUGGGUAUGGGCAAGGUGGAAGGAGAGGAAGGAGAGGGCAGCCAAAAAGGAUUUACCUGAUGACAAAGACACUCCAACUGAUGACGGUCAUCAUCAUUCAGCAUAAUAUAGUCGAUGAUUUGGGCAAAUCGAAAAAUGCAGUAUUUCUUGGCAUUACACUGUACUACAUCAAUGUGAAAUCAGUUUAGUUAAUGAACAAUAAAGUCUAUUGCAACGUGUUUUCUUUUUCUUUCAUCCUUUUUGUAGCUAAAAUAGUUGUUAUCAGCAGUCACAGGACUUGAACUUUUCAAGUAGCUUUCUGGUUCACUCAACUGUUAACUGAAUUUGAGUGAAAAAGUUCAGACCAUGUAGUGUUUGGAAGGCAUGUAUGAGAACUAAACUCAUAGUAACUUAUUAUCCAAAUGCAAAAUUGCAUUCAAAUGA